AUGUCUGAUCAGCUUGCUAGUGUGGGGGCCCCCAUUGACAAUCAAAGACUUGUACUUCAACUUUUAACCGGUCUUACCAAACAGUACGACGGGAUUUCAAUAAUCCUACAAAAUAGGUAUCCUUUGCCUAAUUUUCAUGAAGCACGUUCACGUCUCACGAUGGAGGAAAGUAAAAAGAAGCAUCAGGUCGCUCAAGCUGCCCAUUCCUCCAUCACUGCACUUGCGGCUGUCACCACUAGUCCCUCCCCAUCUGACAGCAACAAUCUGCCUUCUGAUCGUAACCGUGUACGGGGUCGUAGCCAUAGACGGGGCCGAGGGCGUGGAACCAAUGGUCGUGGUGGCCGGGGGUACAAUACUCAGCACCCGUACAUUGUGUUUCCAUAG